UCUCCUCCCCUCUGUCCUCCUGUCUCCACCUCCCGGGGAUGUCCAGUAACCCACAGACUCGCAGCUCACACAGACACUUGUGCUGAGGACAGUGAGGUGGGCAGAUAGACAUUGGGAUCAUCUGUACAACAGGACAGAAAUCUGCCUGCUUCUAUCUACAGGAGUUCUGCCGGAGCAUCACUGCCAGAGCUGUAGUUACCUCCUCAGAUCCAGAGUGCCAGCCGAGGACAUCAGGUGCCCAGUGGUUUCUGGGGCAGCUGUGGGACUAUCAAGGUCUACAUGGGAAUGUUAAGCUGUGACCCACAAGAGGAAAAAUCUGUCCCUGGCCAGAAACACCUCCAUACCCCCUUCUUCAUCACAGACAUCCUAAACCAUGCAAAGGUGCAGCAGGUCAAAGAAGGAACCCAGGAGCCUGGAAUGAAGGAGAAAGGAGAUACAGGCUUGACAUUGCCAUCUGACAGUAUGGUGUCUGGGCCAGAAAUUAAAGCAGAAACCUCUCCAGGUGAACCAGAGGAGCUCCCAGAGAAAGAGGAGAAUCAGGAAACUCAAAAUGUCCCAUCUGUGACCAACUGCAAGCCCCGCCGUGCCCGUACUGCCUUUACAUAUGAGCAGCUUGUGGCCCUCGAGAGCCGUUUCCGAAGUAGCCGAUACCUGUCGGUGUGUGAACGGCUGAGCCUAGCUUUAACCCUUCACCUUACAGAGACACAAGUGAAGAUCUGGUUCCAGAACCGCAGAACCAAAUGGAAAAAGCAACAACCUAUAGGAAGCUUGGAAGGGAGGGGAUGCAGCAUACAAAACUGUCCCACCAUCCCUGGUCCUCGGUUUACCCCACCCCUCCCAAACUACCCCUGUGCUACACAUAUACCCCAUAUUGGUGCUGGGGCAAACCACCUCUCUCCUUUCCCAGGUAUCUUUUUCUCUCCUCCUUCCACUUCCUUUGGACUAUCUCCUACAGGUGCCACCUAUCCCCAGUUUAUAGGUUCAUCCCGAUUCACAUCCUAUUACAGCUCAUCUCUCUGACUGCACAUGGGUCCUACCACUGACUUGGCUAAAUGACACUACAAUAACAAAUAUUAUGGAACUGCACUGGAUGAUGCGACUGUGAAUUCAGAAAUAUCACAUUGGGAACAUAUAUAUGAUGCAAAGGACAGAAGGUUUUUACAUGUUUAAAUGGUGCGCUUCUAAAACAGGGCUGUUUUGUUGAAGUAUAUUAAAGCAAACUCCUGCUUGAGAUAAAACCAGGAAUGGCCCAAAAGCACAGUUUUGUGGCACAAUUAGGCACAAAGCCCAAAACAGCCCUCUUCUGCUUCUGUCUGGUACAGUGCAUUGCCUCUGGGUGUAGGGUACUUUUAAGGGAACUGAAAGUCAGUUUUGCCUGCAUGUUAAGCCAUGCCUGGACUGGCAAUCUGUGGGUUCUGGCAAAUGCCAGAGGGGCUGCUGUAAGAUACCAUAGAAAGUCACUAUUUAUUAGGCUGGUGGGGGGGGUUUGGGCCUCUGUGUACUUGUGCCAGGGUCUAUUUUGUAUCCCUAUGAAGACCUGUGUUGAACCUUAAGCCCCAUAUGUAAUAAAAGGCACUAAGUUUGCCCAGGUGCAGAAACUCAUAGCAACCAAUAAGAUGUAACAGGGGAGCAGUAAAUGCUACUUGCUGACUGUUUGCUAUGGCUUACUGCUCCUGGGCAAACUUAGUGGGGGUCAUUUAUAAACACUGGGCAAAUUUGCACCUGGGCAGUAACU